UUACAGAUCUUGAGAAGAAUAGGCUUUUAGAAGAUAGUGAUAGUGAUAUAGUUUAUAAUGAAGAGUAUAUUGAAGACUUGGAUAAUAUUGUCAACAAGUUAGAACAACUACAAGUAAAUGAAAAAAAAAGUAGAAGAAGGAAAAAUAGAGUGAGAGAAGAUAGGGCAAGGGGAAUAGAGCAAGAAAAGAUAGAACAGAAGGAAAUGGAGCAAGAGGAUAUUGAAAUAGAG